GACACUUCCUCCUCCUCUUCCUCGUCCUCAUCCUCCUCCUCGUUUACUCUUGGAGGUUUCGUGGACUUCACUUUCACCCAGGAGCCUCAAGACACAGUGACGGUGCGAGGAGGCAUGUUGCAGCUCGAGUGCCAGGCGCAGUCCGAUGCAGUGGCAGGACCUCCCAUCAUCACAUGGCGUAAGGACGGCGUGCUGCUGAGUGCAGUGGUGGAUGAGCGGCGACAGCAGCUGGCUAACGGCUCGCUGCAGGUGCAGAAUGUUGUCCACUCGCGGCACCACCGACCUGAUGAGGGCGAAUACCAGUGCAUCGCCACACUGGACGGACUGGGGAGCAUCGUUAGCCGGACCGCCAGGGUCACUGUGGCUGGUCCGCUGAAGGUGGUCAUCCCCACCGAGUCCGUUUCCUCGUACCUGGGCGACACCGCCCUGCUGCGCUGUGAGGUCUCGGGCGACCCGACGCCCAUCAUCCGCUGGCAGAAAAACCGGGAGGACCUACCGCUGACCUUUGACCCCGACUCCCGCAUGGCAGUGCUGCCGUCGGGCUCGCUUCAGGUCAGCCGCGUCCAGCCGCCAGACUCAGCCACGUACCGCUGUCUGGCCGACAACCCCAGCAGCACCCGGACGGGGACGGACGCAGAGCUCCGAGUGCUCCCAGAGCCCGGGGUGAGCAGGAACCUCCAGUUCCUCCAGCGUCCUUCCAGAGUAACUGUUCUGCUGGGAACCGACGCCGUGCUGGAAUGUUCCGCCUCCGGAUACCCGACUCCAAGCAUCCAGUGGAGGAGAGGAGAGGAACUGAUCCAGAGCUGGAAUAAGAAGUACUCUCUGCUGGUGGGCAGCAAUCUGAUCAUCAGGAGUGUCACCGACGACGACUCUGGCAGUUAUAGCUGUACAGCGGCCAACAAGAACCACAACAUCACUGCGCACACAGAGCUGAGUGUACUAGUGCCUCCUCAGUUUCUCAACUACCCGACAAACACGUACGCCUACGAGUCCACGGACAUCGAGCUGGAGUGUGCAGUGACAGGAAACCCGCCGCCGACUGUGCGCUGGAUGAAGAACGGAGAGGAAGUCAUCCCCAGUGACUACUUCCAGAUAGUGGACGGCAGUAACCUGCAGAUUUUGGGUUUGGUGAAGUCAGACGAAGGAUUUUAUCAGUGCGUCGCCGAAAACUCAGCCGGCAGCUCGCAGGCGAUGGCUCAACUGCUGCUCCGGGAGCCAGUGUCCCCCAGCCCGGGCGUUGCCCUCCCCUCUGCCCCCCGCGACCUGGUCCCUGUCCUAGUGUCCAGCCGAUUUGUCCGACUCAGCUGGCACCCCCCCGAGGAGACCGGAGGAGCCGUGCAGACCUAUGGCAUUUAUUACUCUCAGGACGGAGUUGAGAGGGAGCGGUCAGUGAACGUGUCGGAGCCGGUGUCUCUGGAGCUGACCGUCUCGAACCUGAAACCAGAGGAGAGCUACAGCUUCAGAGUCAUCGCUUACAACGACGUGGGGCCAGGAGAGAGCUCCGCCCCCCUGAGGAUCACCACCAAACCUGACCUCCAGGUUCCCAGCAGGGUGGAGUCUGUCCAGGCUGAGGCUCUGUCUCCCACCUCAGUCCAGGUGAGCUGGGAUCCCCCCAGCCAACCAAACGGCCCCGUCCUGGGCUACAGACUGCUGUGGACUGAGAGCCCAUCGGGCAAGGAACAGAGUGUGGAGGUGAACGGACUCAACUACAAGAUGGAGGGACUCAAUAAGUUCACAGAGUACACAGUUCGAGUUCUGGCGAUCAACCGCUACGGACCCGGCGCCGCCGUAGACUCUGUCAGCGUCACCACCCAAUCAGAUGUACCCAGCGCUCCUCCCAACAACAUCACCUUAGAGGUUGUCCUGUCCAGGAGCAUCAAGGUGUCAUGGCAGCCGCCCCCGCGCAGCGCCCAGAAUGGCAUCAUCUCCGCCUACAAAAUCAAAUACAGGAAGACCGGUCGACGUGGAGACCAAGAGGCCAUCGAACCCAACAACUUCUGGUACCUGUUCACAGGUCUAGAGAAGGGCAGUCAGUACAGUUUCCAAGUAUCAGCCAUGACAGCCAAUGGAACCGGUCCGGCCAGUGACUGGUACACCGCUGAGACACCGGAGAACGACCUGGAUGAGAGUCAGGUGCCCGACCAGCCCAGCUCGCUGCACGUCAGGCCGCUGCCCAACAGCAUCAUCAUGUCCUGGACUCCGCCCCUCAGCCCAAACAUCCUGGUCCGGGGUUACAUCAUCGGCUACGGAGUGGGAAGUCCCUAUGCCGAGACGGUGCGAGUGGACAGCAAGCAGAGAUACUACUCCAUCGAAAACCUCGAGCCGAGCUCACACUAUGUGAUUUCCCUGAAGGCUUUCAAUAAUGCCGGCGAGGGAGUCCCACUGUAUGAGAGCGCUGUCACUCGAUCUCUGACAGACCCCAUAGACCCAUCUGAGGAUGACCUCUUCCACCUCUUUGAUAAAUACCCCACUCCCAUGCCAGACACCAGCACUCCCAUGAUCCCCCCGGUGGGGGUUCAAGCCGUUGCUCUGUCCUCGGACUCGGUACGCGUCUCCUGGGCCGACAACUCCAUGACCAAGAACCAGAAGGCGUCUGAAGUCCGAUACUACUCCGUCAAGUGGAAGACCAGCUACUCCACCAGUGGAAAGUACAAGUCUGCAGACACCACGGCACUCAGCCACACUGUCACCGGCCUCAAACCAAACGCCAUGUACGAGUUUGCUGUCAUGGUAACCAAGGGUCGCAAGUCCAGCACCUGGAGUAUGACAGCGCACGCCACAACGUAUGAAGCAGCUCCUAGCUCCGCCCCCAAAGAUUUGACAGUGAUCAGUCGCGAGGGACGACCCCGCGCCAUUUUGAUCAGCUGGCAGCCGCCGAUGGAGGCUAACGGACGAAUCACAGGUUACAUCCUGUACUACACGCUGGAUAAGAACAUGCCGAUAGAUGAUUGGGUGAUGGAGGCGAUCACCGGUGACCGGCUGACCCAUCAGGUGGUGGAUCUGAACCUCGACACGGUUUAUUACUUCAGGAUUCAAGCCAAGAACGCCAAAGGAGUCGGCCCUCUGUCUGAGCCUAUCCACUUCAGGACCGCCAAAGUGGAACAUCCAGACAAGAUGGCCAAUGACCAAGGUCGAGGGGGAGACCACGCCUACUGGCCGUCUGACACCAACCUAAUUGACAGGAGCAGCAUCAACGAGUCUCCCAUUGGUCAGAUGCGUCCGCCCCACGGCAGCGCCACGCCUCAGAAGAAUAGCAACCUGCUGGUCAUCAUCGUGGUUUCCGUGGGAGCCGUUACAGUGGUGGUGGUCGUCAUCGUGGCGCUGAUCUGUACGCGGCGCUCCUCGGCCCAGCAGAGGAAGAAGCGAGCGAGCCACAGCGCCAGUAAGAGGAAGGGCAGCCAGAAGGACCUGCGCCCUCCGGACCUGUGGAUCCAUCACGAGGAGAUGGAGAUGAAGAACAUGGAGAAAGCGCCCAGCGUCGCCCCGUCCGCACGCGAUUCGCCCACCCAGUCCUGCCAGGACCUCCCCCAGGUCGCACACAGCCAAUCGGAGAGCCAGAUGGGCAGCAAGAGCAGCAAGAGCAGCCACUCAGGGGCGGACGGUGACGAGGCGUCCAGCUGUAUCUCCACUCUGGAGCGCUCCCUGGCUGCCAGGAGGGGGACACGGGGAAAAAUGAUGAUUCCUAUGGACUCACAGCCAAGCAACACACCGGUGGUCAGUGCCAUCCCGGUGCCAGCUCUGGACUCCUCCCAGUAUCCAGGGAUUCUGCCUUCCCCUUCCUGCGGCUUCACUCACAACAAGUUCAGCCUGAGACCGAUGCCUUUCCCAAGUCUGACCGUGGACAGAGGAUACACUCCAGUGAUGCCUUCAGACACCUCCACCAAUCCUCUCCUCCAGCAGCAGCCUCUGCCCCAGCCGGCUCCUCCGCUGCUCCCCGGCUCCUCCGCACCGCCGGGGGAACAUGUUCUGGGUGUCGGCCCAAUCCCAGGAGUCCCCGCUGCUGCCGCUGCAGAGGAGUCCCAGGCCGGAAGCGCUCGGACCAUCCCGACGGCCUGCGUGCGGCCCACGCACCCGCUACGGAGCUUCACCAACCCACUGCUGCCUCCGCCCAUGAGCACCAUCGACCCCAAGGUGUACACCUCCAUGCUGCCGCAGUCCAGUGCGAGCCUUCCGAAGCCCCAAGUGAAGACGGCCUCUCUGGGUCAGGCCGGUAAGGCUCGCUCCCCUCUGCUGCCCGUCUCAGUCCCUACAGCGCCGGACCUACUGGAGGAGGGGGGAACAAAACCUGCAGAGGAUUCAGCUGCCAACGUUUAUGAGCAGGACGACCUUUCAGAGCAGAUGGCCAGUCUAGAAGGCCUGAUGAAGCAGCUCAACGCCAUUACCGGCUCCGCCUUCUAACCCCUGACACCGGCCAAGCCCAGCCCUCAGCCUUGGUCCAGUCUGGAAACCUUCUUCAAGCCUUGAUGUCACCUGCUGUCCAUAUGCAACAGGUCAAUCUGAGUUUGAAGACGCCUCUUUGGAAUCAGACCUACAUUUGUGCUGGGUUGAGUUUGUUUGGUUUCUACUGGUCUCAGGUAGUGUCUACUAUUUGGGACCGGGAUAGCAUAGAAGGGAAUUAAACUCUAAGAACAGGACAAGGGUGGAGGGGCUUCUUUAGGAGUUCAAACUGAAACCCCUCUAGACUCUUCAACCUCAAACACAAAACUAGAAAAACCCAAUGCCUAGCGCCUCAGCUUAAUGACACAAGAUGAUGGGAUAAUCACAAAAAAAGAAGACAAAGUUAUAAGAUCCCUCCUGUUUCUCUUCUUUGUGGUAUUUAUUAGCGUCCUCGCUGAGUUAUCCACAACUCAGUAACUGUGACUGUAGCUCAUUUAUUUUUCAUGAUCGCUGUUGGAAGUAUUCCUUUUGUCUUUUGGUUUUUGUUUGGGUAUUCCAGCUUUGUGCAGUUAUAAGGAUGUGUAUAUGGUUUGAAGUGCCAACAGAACCUACAGUAAGAAAUAGAAAACACAUCCUCAACCACCAAAGUUUCAUCAAAACAUUCUUUUUCUUACCUGGAUCGGAGGUCGCCUGUUGUGGUGACGCAAGGUGAUCCUCUCUGGCAUUUCAUGCCUACUUUUCCGAACAAAACAGCUUUCAACUUUCACUCAGAACCCAUGCAACACUUUCACCUCUGGAUUCUGAGGUUUCAAAAAACAAAAGGGAUUAAGACUGAUUUUGGCCGGUUCGAAACAAGUGUGAGAACCUACUAGACCGAUCUGAAUCGCCUGGAUCGGAUCCAGCUGACUACUCUUACAGGACUGUAUAGACUCCCACAGUCUGUUGCUGCUCUUGAUCAAGCCUUUACUCUCCCUAACCCAGACAUACUCCAAUCUUUACCUACAAGGACUUGUGUCGUUGCCAAAUUCUCAUCUUGAAAAACUUAUUGUAGCCUUCUUUGUUUUUGCUCCUUGUUCAAGUCUGCCUCAGUCUCAACCAUGGCCUGGAAGUCAAUGAAAAGCAGUAAAAUAAUCCAUGUGGAACACAUGUUAUAAGAAAUCUGGAUUUGGAUCGGUAGGACCCAUCCCAUCCUGGA